AUGUGUUCUGACAUGUAUAAUUUUGGUGUGGUGCAGAGGAAAUCGAACAGAGAAAAUAUUACACCUCACAGAAUAUCUGUCGUUCUCCUAAUAAAAGAAUUUUGUUCGUUGAAGCUUAAAUCACGAUCAGAUCAAGUGUUGGAAUUGGAUGAAGGUGGAUUUUACUGCCUGGAGCCAUGCCAUAAGAGAGAUUUUUGUAUACUGGUACUGAAGUUAAUACAGUGUCCUGACCUAGAACUUAAUGAAUUGCAAGAGUUAUUGCAGACUGACAAGUUUCAACUUCUUCCUCAACAUUUAAAGACUUUUAAUACACAGUUACAACAAUUGUAUGAUAAUGGAGUGGGAAGUGUUUUAGAUCUAAUGCAAAAUGUGAAACAAUUAAUGGUGGAACCAUCCACAGUUUUGCCCGUUGUUCAUAAAACUAGUGUUAUUGGUUUAUACUUGAGAAGAAUUUUAGUGUUUUUUGAUAAGAUGUCAUUUUCUCAAGUAGUUCUUAUGUACAAAGCUUAUCAGAAGUACUUUGAAAGAAGCAACCCGAAGAAGAGUGUAGUGAAAUGUAAAGAUGAUUCUAUUAAUUCUGGACAAGAAGUAGAAAUGAGUUUAUGUGAUGUGUCAAUUCCAUUACCAGAUUGUGAGGAGUAUUCUCAUGAGAUUGAGACCGUUACAUCUGUGAAGAAUGAAAGUGAUAGAACAUUUUGGUCUCGAAGACAAGCUGAAUUGUUCAUUGCUCAGCAGGCAUCACUUAUUCAGAGUAAUGAAAUGGCUGCUCUAUCUCCUCCACAUUUACAAGAUAAGAUAAAAGAUUUAUUGCAAGCCAAUCCUGAGUAUGCCGAAGCUCAUUACUUAACAUACUUGAACUGUCUUCGUGCAAAAGAGUUUUGUGGUGCUGUAAAUAGUUUAUUUCAUUGUUUCGAUAGGAACACUUUGACUGCAGAGAAAAUUAGUAAUCAGGAAGAAAGAAAUAAAGGUUAUCGUUAUGCAGCUCUCAAUUUGGCUAUGCUUUAUGCUCAAUUUGGAUAUAAGAAAGAAGCAAAUGUUGCUCUAAAAGAGGCAGUAAUGCUUGCCCAAGAUGUCAAUGAUAACAUUUGCCUUCAGUAUGUUCUUGCAUGGCUUUAUAAGUUAAGUGAUGAAAAUAAAGAAAUUUUAAUGGAACGUUCAAUAUCGAAAAGUAGUGAUUUAAAUUUAAGUUAUUUGACUUCUUUGGGAAUUCAGUCAUUUGCUCAAUAUGCUGGUGCCACUGGAGGAAAGCCAGCUCUAGUGUUUGAUCUUCUGAUGAAGAGUGAUGUUUUAAAUUGUCAACAUUCCAUGAUUGACUUGCUUACUAAUAGUUAUGCUCAGAAAGCAGCUCUCUGGUGUUUGUAUGGAAAAUCAGAUAUGGUAUCUUUAUGUAGCCAAUUAUUAUUACACCUCAAUACAGCCAACCCUGCACAGGGAAUAGUUGCAUACAAUGGGGAAGGCACCUGCCAAGCAAUCUGCAAUGUCAUUAAUGUUCUUGUAGAACAAGGUGAAUAUCAUAUCGCAUCUCUUAUUAUUGGGUAUGCAAGAGAAUGUUUCCCACAUGAACCAACAUCUCACUCGUGGAUCUUUUCUGGAGAAAUUUUAAAUUUCACUGAAGCAAUGCAUAACGGAAAGUGGCAAGAGGCAGAACAGGCAAUUGCACAACUGGUGGCCAUUGACAGAUGGGAAAGUCAAUUACGCAAGGCAGAAUUGUACUUAGCAAGAGGGAAUUAUCCAUGUGCUGCAGCAUGUGUGUAUUCCGUCCUCGACUACUGUAGGCUUCAUGCAGAAGAUGAAUUCAUGUGUUCGUCUGUUCACGUACGAGCUCUGAUAUUGACUGCCGAGCUCCAGUGCUGUAGUGCUACAGCAGCGAGCUCGCCUGCAGGAGCGAUUUCCCUUCUGACCACAGCACUUGCCCUCGCUCAAUUGCAUUUCUUGGAUUACUUAUCUGCAAUAGUAGGGUUGCAUUUUGCCAAUGUCCAGUUACAAAUGGGUUUGGCAUCACAGGCCCUGAAAUUAGUGAACGAUUCACUUUUGGUGAUUCUCUCACAUGGUGGAUAUUUUGAUCAAGGAAGGGCAUUAUUACUAUAUGCAAAAUGUAGAGUUGCUUCUGCUUCUAGUCAGAAUGAUGAAAAUAGGAAACCUGCUAUUUUGGAAGCUGUUCAAAUCCUUCAAAAGGCCAGGAAUGCCUUUUUGAAAGUUGAGGCCUAUUCACGAAUGAAAGAUGUAUUAUAUUUGUUAGCUCUAUUGUAUAAUGAACUUGGGUAUGUAGCUGAAAGAAAAAAGUGUGCCCUAGAAUUUAGACAGUGGGAUGAACAACAUCCCACAAAAAUAGCCACUACUUUAUUGACAAGAUUGUAA